UCCAAUUGCAGUUGAGUACUGCAAUGUGCUUAAGAACUCAUAUCUCCCAAGUAACAGGGUACCAUUUUUAUAUCCAAGCUCUAGACCUUGACCAUUUCAAGUCUUUCUUCAUCUUCUUAUGUGCUACAUUAAACUCCUGUUCUUGUUUUUAGAAUUCAAAUCCCCAUCUCCAAUGGCUUUGGCAACUUUUUUAGCUUUCCUUCUCUUCUUACGCAUUUGCUCUCUCUCUCAAGGAGAAAAUUUAUUGUUCAAUGGCUUCAAUGGAAGUGAGGGGAACCUGAAACUUGAAGGAGCUUCCAUAGUGAAACCCUCUGGUAUGAUCAGACUCACUAACACAACACGUAAUGUUAUAGGCCAUGCAUUCUAUAACAAACCGAUAACCAUGUAUGAUAAAGGUUCCCCAAAUGCUUCUUCGUUCAGUACAGAGAUUGUAUUUGCCAUAGUCUCCCCAAGCUCCGGCAGCGGUGGCUUUGGCCUAGCCUUCACAUUGUCUCCCUCUCCGAGUUUCCCUGGGGCUCAAGCCGGCCAUUACUUCGGAAUUUUCAACUCUUCAAACGACAACAAAACCUCCAACCAUAUCCUUGCUGUUGAAUUCGACACGGUCAAUGGUUACAACCAGAGCUCGGAUUCAGAUGGUAACCAUGUUGGUAUCAACAUCAACAGCGUCUAUUCUAAGGUAUCUGAACCAGCUGCUUACUAUGACACAGAAUCACACAAAGAAGAAUUGAAGAUGGAGGGUGGUGAUCUUAUACAUGCUUGGAUAGACUAUGAUGGCAAGGCUCAACUUUUGAAUGUGACAAUAUCUCCUAUUAAUAAGGGGAAACCAACCAAACCUCUAAUCUCUCUUGGUAUCAAUCUAUCUUCUGUGCUUCAAGAGACUAUGUAUGCCGGCUUUUCAGCUUCCACAGGAGAUAACGGGUCGAGCUCUCAUUAUAUAAUCGCAUGGAGUUUUGCAGUGGAUGAAAAAGCAAGUAAACUCAAUCUUACCAAUCUUCCUAUCCCAGCAAAAGAGAAAAGUUCAUCAUCCUCUUACAGUCCCCAAAUUAAGGCUGUUAUUGUGGCCUUGUCUGUUGUGGUCUUCUUGUUGUUGGCACUUUUGUUCAUCUUUACAUUGUAUAGAAGACUGAUGCCUUCUGAGACCCUGGAAGAUUGGGAGAUUGAUUGUCCUCACAGGUUCCAGUACAAGGAUCUCCAUGCAGCAACCAAGGGUUUUAAAGACUCUAAUGUGAUUGGAGCUGGCGGAUUCGGUGUAGUUUACAAGGGUACUUUGCCUUCUACUGGAUGUCAAGUUGCAGUCAAGAAGAUAUCAAGAAAUGGAAUCCAAGGAAUGAGGGAGUUUGCCGCAGAAAUAGAGAGCUUGGGAAGGCUAAGGCAUAAGAACUUGGUAAAUCUACAAGGCUGGUGUAAGAAAAAGAACGACCUCCUUAUAGUCUACGAUUACAUUCCAAAUGGAAGCCUUGAUGCACUCAUUUUCCAUCCGAAUGACAAACUGCUGUUGAGCUGGCAACAAAGGUUCAACAUCCUUAAAGGCAUUGCCUCAGGAUUGUUGUAUCUUCAUGAAGAAUGGGAGCAAGUGGUGAUUCACAGAGAUGUCAAGUCCAGCAAUGUCUUGAUAGAUGAAGACCUGAAUGCUCGGCUAAGCGACUUCGGCCUUGCAAGGCUAUAUGAUCAUGGAGAAAUAUCACACACCACAGGCGUGGUUGGCACAAUCGGGUACAUUGCGCCAGAAUUGGCUCGAACAGGGAAGGCCUCAGCAGCCUCGGACGUGUUUGCAUAUGGCAUCUUGCUUCUUGAAGUUGCUACUGGGAAAAGACCAAUCGGCUCAGGCCGCUCGGAUCAAUUCAUACUGGCGGACUGGGUGAUGGAAAAGUAUCAAGCGGGUCGUGUAUUUGACACAGUAGAUCCAAAGUUAGGUCACUAUGUUGUGAAAGAGAUGGAGCUGAUUCUUGAGCUGGGUUUGCUUUGCUCUCACUUCAAGCCAGAAGCUAGACCUACCAUGAGACAAGUAGUUCGAUAUCUCAAUGGGGAUGAACAGCUUCCUCAUGUCGAUAACUGGAACCUACUUGAAUCGGAUAGCAUCAGUGAAUUGAACUCGAGAUUUAUGAAGGUCAUAUCUUCUGAUUCUAACAUAUCGUCGUAUCAAUCAUCGUCCUUUGGUGGCACCUCUACCAGUUCCAUGGGUUCUGGCAGAUAGCAGUUGCUAUUUGUUUCUUUUUAUACAGUUCUUUGGUAAAGAACAUCAUUACUUCUGUAUUGGCUGAUGACCAUUAAU